AUGGUAGGGAGAUCUUCUGGAAGGAAUAUUGUAAUGUUGGAAACAAAUGAAAUUGCAACUUGUUUGGAAUAUGAAAUAGUAAUUCACGAAUUAAUGCACACAAUAGGUCUUUGGCAUGAACAAAUGCGUUAUGAUAGGGAUGAUUAUAUUAAAGUACAUUGGGAAAAUAUUGGGCCUGCUUAUCUCACACAAUUCGAAAAAGUACCAGAAACAGACAGUACAACAUAUGGUGUUAGAUACGAUUACCAAAGUGUUAUGCAUUAUGCAAAGGAUGCUUUUGCUUCCUCAACAGGGAAAAUUACAAUGGAAACAUUGGAUAGCCAAUAUCAGGCUUUUAAAAAAUAUUUUCUUAUCAGAAUAUUUUUUUUCAAUUUAAAGGACAUAAUUGGAAAAGUAAAGGAUGCCGCACCUAGUGAUUACCUCAAAAUUUGCAAUAUUUAUUCUUGCCAAACCUGUAUGGGACGUCCAUUCAUUCCUGGACAGAAUUACCCGGAAAUAGGUCAGAGAGUACUUACUCUUGGCCCGUGGCCUGUGACUUUACCUACGGGCAGUCCUUCUCCAGCAACUCUGCCUUUGAGACCAACAACUACAACAAUGACUACAACAACAAUUAGAACCACGAGACCUAGAACAACUAGAAGAAGAACAACUACUACGUGGACACCUCCACCAACAUGCCCCCCACCACCACCACCCCCUCCACCUCCACCUCCUCCACAACCACCUUCAAUUCCAAUAGAAAUUGAAAAAGAAGAGGAAAACAAUAAUAAUGUAGGAGAACGUAGAUGGCCUACACCUCAAUUACCGAUAAUACUUCCUUUAAUAAAUAAUAAUUGGUGGUGGAAGAACACUCCAGCACCUCCUUUUCGAUAUCCUCCACUGUUGAGAAGACAAAUGGAUGUUGAGGAAGAAGAUAAUAAGUCGAGAGAAGAAGAAAUGGAUGAAAGUGAAGAGGAUGAUGAAGAUGAUGAGAAAAUGGAAGAAAAUAGAAGAGAAGAAGAGGAAGGAAGAAAAAAUGAAGAAAGUUGGCUUGGAAGAUGGGAAAGACAGUGGAAUGAAAAAAUUGAAGAGAAGGAAGGAUUUGAGGAAGGGGAAGAAAAUAAUGAAGAUAAUUGGGAGAAUAAAGAGGAAUUAUUUCAGUGUUUGGAAGAUUCUAUUACGUGUAAAAAAUUAUUUAAAAGAAAUUUACAAGGAAAUAUUGGGAAAAAUAAAUUAAAAAAGAUUUGUAGACUAAAAAGAGGGGUGAUGAGAAGAUGCUGUAAUAAAUGUAAAGAGAAUAAUGGAAGAAUUAAAAGGAAUAAUUAA